ACUGAGCCCAGAACCCAGGCCCCUUUCUCUAAGGAGCUCUUCUCAGCCCUCGGUGGUGGAGAACGUCCUGCUUGGGCUUCAGGAGACCCGCAGAGUAGGGAGCCCUUCCCGUGGAGCGCCCGCAGGCUCCUGCCCUCUCAAACUUUCUUCCAAUGCCAUGCCACCCCACCCGCUCCUUGGCCCAGCUGGUUCGCUCCUGAAAUAGAAGGAGCUCUUCUGCCAUGUACUAGGGGCUUCCCUGAGGAUUUCCCGGGAGAAUUCCUGGGAAGUGAGACCGCCUCUCCUGGAAGAUGACUUCUCAAUUUGUGCUCCGUGUUCUGCUCUCGGCCGUCUCUUUGACCAGUUCUUCGGAGAGCACCUGUUGGAGUCCGACCUUUUCCCAACUUCCACUUCUCUGAGCCCCUUCUAUCUCCGGCCACCCUCUUUCCUGCGGACUCCAAGCUGGAUUGACACUGGACUCUCAGAGAUGCGUAUGGAGAAGGACAGGUUCUCUGUUAACCUGGAUGUAAAGCACUUCUCCCCAGAGGAACUGAAGGUCAAGGUGCUGGGAGAUGUGAUUGAGGUGCAUGGCAAGCAUGAAGAACGCCAGGAUGAGCAUGGCUUCAUCUCCAGAGAGUUCCACAGGAAGUACCGGAUCCCAGCUGAUGUGGACCCUCUAACCAUCACAUCAUCCCUGUCAUCUGAUGGGGUCCUCACUGUGAAUGGACCAAGAAAACAGGCCUCUGGACCUGAGCGUACCAUUCCCAUAACCCGUGAAGAGAAGCCUGCUGUUGCUGCAGCCCCCAAGAAGUAGAUGUUAUUUCUCUAACUGUCUUUUUUAAAACAAGAAAGUUUUCCCACCAGUGAAUAAAAAUCUUGUGACUAGUGCUGAAGCUUAUUGAUGCUAAGGGCAGGCCCAAAUUAUUAAGCUAAUAAAAUAUCAUUCAGCAACAGA